UUUUUACCACAAAUGUAAAACCAUACACUUAUUUCACUACACUGAAUUUUUAAAAAUUUAUAUUGAUCAUCAUAAUUAUGACAGUAGUGGGCGUGGCCACAAAAACCAAAACAUUCCACUACUAAAGGAUCACGUAAUUGUCACUCUGUGCUCUGAUUCGUUGACCGGCCUGUCAAUCAUCUCGGAGGGGGUGUCCGGACGGGACUUCACUGAAGGAGAUCCGCAGAAACAGCCGCACAACCAAAAUGUCCGCAGUUCCCGACGGGAAGAAGCUCGUCCGCAGCCCCAGCGGGCUCCGCAUGGUGCCGGAGAACGGAGCCUUCAACAGCCCCUUCUCCCUAGACGAGCCGCAGUGGGUCCCGGACAAAGAGUGCCCCAGAUGUAUGCAGUGUGACACCAAGUUCGACUUCAUCAGAAGAAAGCACCACUGUCGGCGGUGCGGUCGCUGUUUCUGCGAUAAAUGCUGCAGUAAGAAGGUGGUGCUGCCCCGGAUGUGCUUCGUGGAUCCGGUCCGACAGUGUGCCGAGUGCAGCCUGGUGUCCCAGAAGGAGAUGGAGUUCUACGACAAGCAGCUCAAAGUGCUCCUGGGAGGAGGAACCUUCGUUGUCACUUUGGGAAUGACAGAGAAGUCUGAAACGAUGACGUGUCGCCUCUCCAACAACCACAGGUAUCUGUUCCUGGACGGUGAAACCCACUUCGAGGUGGAGUUGUCUCGGAUCUCCAGCAUGCAGAUUUUAACAGACGGGACGAGUCCAGGAGAGAACGAUAUUCACACUUACACCAGCCUGCUGGACAGUCAGUAUCUCUCUGAAGGAGGGACGUCUCGAGCUAGUGGCAUGUUGCUCCAUUACAAACCAAUGGGCUCCCAGGACGCCCAGCAGCUUCGCAUGGAGGCUGCAGACGACAAGAAGGUGGCUUCAUUAUGGCUGGCUGCAAUGCACAAGGCAGCCAAGCUGCUGUACGAAGCUCGGGACCAGUGACGAGCAGAACUGGACCUGCAGGCAACACACCCAAGUGUUUUCAACCCAGCGGGGUUCGGUAUCUUUCAGAUUCUUCUUAACGCCAGUUCUGAUUCUGCUUCUCCGUCUGAUUCCUCAUCGGUUCUUGAUACCAGUUCUUCUCAUCAUGGUAAUUUUUUGCAAGAAAUGUUUAUAUGAAAUGAGACUUUAUUACCUCUAUAACCAGUACUUUGUACAUGAUGUUUACCACAACUAGGCUGAUUGUUCCUUUAUUUUCUCGUUUGUCAGAGAGUUUUUUAACCCUCUCUGCUCCAGUGCGUAAAUCAGGGCAUGCAGCAUUAAGGUUUCUACAUUAAAAACGUAACAGGAGAAGAGGCCGGUUGAGAUUUGUCGGUCCAACGAGGCUUCGACUUUAAUUUGUUUGAUUCCUCUGAAGAAGUUGACAUUAUAAAAUCCACAAAAUGUGACAUUAUAGCGUUCAUGAACCAUUUUACAUAGUUAAUUCACAUGAUAACUUUAUAUGCUGCUCUUAAAUUUGUUUAUUUUUUGUGUCAACGAGGAUUUUAUUUCCUGUUUGAUUCAGCUAAGCAGAACCAAGUAGGGACUCGAUCAACAGAUCUUCCAUAGAGACGACUGUCGUCUAUAGGUUGAAGUAAAAAUCCACCUUCAACCCUUUAACUCAAGUAGAAAAGCAGCUAUUUGUGAUUUAAUUUGCACUUCGGGUCUCUUAUUUGCUUAAUUUCUGGUAAUCCUACAAACCACAAGACGCUUGAUAUCAGAAAACGUCCGCUGGAUUCAACUUUGCAGCUCCACAAGCAACUUUAUUUAAUGUUUUUAAAGCGCCACAGCUCAGUAUGGUUGUUAUUUAACAGUACUGCCUCUAAAUUCAUGUGAUACGAGAGUUUAUUAUUGGAUUUUAACAUCUGUAGCUCCUCCCUAUAAAAAGAAAAUAUAUUAAAACUCAGUCAUAGUAAUUUAUAUAGUCGUUGACAAGCACUAAAUUUUAAUAAACACCAUAAAUUUCUACGUAGCUAUUAUGUUACAGGACAUUUUAAGCAAGUUACCACAUAUUGCUUGCAUAUAUAUACUGACUAUAAUGCUGUAGUGGAGUGGAUUAUAAAUUUGGCUGCGUUAAAACACACUUUAGGUGUUGGAUUGGAGCAUUUAGCUGCUAAAGAGUCACAUUUCAUUUGGAAGGUGGUGGAGACCAAAAAUAGAGCUAAAACAGAGCAAAUAUUGGACUUUAUCGAGAGAUUCAAAACAAAUUAGCCUCCAAAUGAAAUAUGUUUUUUAACUGCUAGAUGUGUAAACAAGCAACUAUUUGCUGACACAUUCAGACUUUUGCUUCGAAAUGUAAUAAGAAAAGACAAAAUAAGUGAAGUAUCUCAUUAAAGCAACUACAAUGGAUAAUGUGAAAACUGAAUGUGCAGCUUUAUGCGGAGAAAAAACCUUAAACACCAAGCACCAGAGACCACAGUUACAGGACUAGCUGGUGAACUAAUUGGAGCAUUUAGCCGCUAAAGAGUCGGAUAUUUCAUUUAGAAGGUGGUAGAGACCAAAAAUAGAACUAAAAGAGAUCAAAUAUUGAACUUAUUUAUUAAAUGAAACACAGAGUCCACACAAACUUGCCUCCAAAUGAAAUGCAAUGUUGUUUUUAAAAUGCUGGAUGUGUAAACAAGCAACUAUUCACUGACACAUUCAGUGGAUAAUGUGAAAGCUGAAUGUGCAACUUUAUGCGGAGAAAAACCUUAAAAUAACCACCGAGCACCAGAAACACAGUUAGGAGACUAGCUGGUGAACUAAUUGGAACAUUUGGCCGCUAAAAACUCAGAUAUUUCAUUGAGAAGGUGGUGGAGACCAAAAAUAGAGCUAAAAGAGAACAAAUAUUGGACUUAUUUAUCAAGAGGUUCCACACAAAUUGGCUUCCAAAUGAAAUAUGUUGUUUUUUAACUGCUGGCUGUGUAAACAAGAAACUAUUGACUUGUGCUUCCCUGAAUAAUGAAUAAUGACAAAAUAAAUGAAUAAAAACAUAGUGUGAAAGGUGAAAUGAGCCCACUUGGCCAAAAAUCUGCCACUAUCUACAGACGUUUAUGUGAAUUAUAACAGAGCAGAGAAAAAAGCUGGAUCCAGUGGAUGUCAAAUAUCACCAUAAAAUGUUAGGUUUUCGGUUUUAAAAUCAAAAAGUACUGCCUCUUUAGAGUAGCAGGUUGGCAGGUUGGGUUCUGGGCAGCACAGAGAGGCAUUCUGGGUAAUGUAGGAUUCUCAUAAUGAAGUAAGAAAAAGCAACAGGGCGGCUCCUGAAAUCACAGAUUUGUGUCUGGUUUACGUAAAAGUGACGCUGAACGGUGGAUUAUUUCUUCAACAUAGCAGCUCUGGCGACAGUUCAGGUGGUGAGUUCCUGUUUCUAUGUUAAAAAAAAAAAGUUAAAAACUCUGUGCUACAAGUAUUUACAGAUUUCCGUCUUUAGGCCUCUGCGUCUGAGGAAGCAUCGACUAUUCACUGAUUCUAGUGAAGCAUAAACACAUAAUUAUAAUGCUUUAAAUGUAGUUUCAUGUAUUGAAGUUUUGUACGAGCUAUUUUGUUAAAUCUUCCUACUUUAACACCAAGCCGUGUAUGUACUUACAUAAUUUUUAAAGCUGAAGUAUAGUUUUUGUAAUACUUGUAUACACUUCUUCCUUCUGUCCUCACUCUAAGGCCGAUACAAAUUUUUUUAUUUUUACGUUUUUGUCGAUGUCGUCGCGCAGAGCCACAACCAGGAAGUGAAACCACCACCAUUCCGUCGGCCUCUCGGCUUCUGGUCGAGGUGGUUGGUUGUUAGUUGAGCUUCCAGUGACCUAUUUUAAACUAAAACGCGAUGUUUAAAGUGCUGAGCGCAGGAGAAAACAGAAUCUCUACCUGCUUUACAGCCAAAUAAACCACGAUCGACGGUUCCUGCAUGAAAAAGGUUGCAGAUCAUUGACCUCAGUUUGUUCCUCUUGUGUUUGUAAACACCAAGUAUUCUUUAAAAGUCUAAUUAAAGUGACUUUUAUCAAUUCAAACUUCAUUUGUGAUGAAGCUUUUCAGGGUUUUUAAGGCAUCUUUUGUCCUGAAACAUCCCUUAAAAUAGGAAUAAAAAUGGAGAAGAACUUAAUGUUAUAGAAAAGUAAUGCAAAACUUAAAAACAAAUGCGCUAGCCAUGUUUCUGUAAUGUAUUUUUAUGUGCAUUUUAAUGUAGAAGAAGUCCCAAUUUUGCAUAAAUAGUGUUUUCACACUCAACUACGCACAGUUACAAGACUAGCUGGUGAACUAAUUCUAGCAUUUAGCUGCUAAAGAGACCAGUAUUUUAUUAAGGAGAUGGUGGAGACCAAAAAUGGAACUAAAAGAGAACAAAUAUUGGAUUUACUCCUGAAGUUCACCUCUUGGAUUCAAAGCAAACAAGAGAUUCGGACACCUUACUGCAUGAAAAAAGUCUAAUUAAAGUGAGUUUUAUUAAUCAAACCUCAUUUCUGAUGUUGCAGCAGCAGCUUUUCGGUGUUUUUAAGGGAUGUUUUGUCCUGAAACAUCCCUUAAAAUGGGAGUAAAAAUGGAGAAAAUCUUAAAACUAAAGAAAAGCAACACAACGAUUGGAAAAAAAAACAUAUGCUAGCCAUGUUUAUUGAUGUUUUUAUGUAGAAAAAGUUUGAAAAAAACUUCCCACUUUUACAGAAAUGCUGUUUUCACACUCAACAGCACAGUUACAAGAAUAGCUGUUGAACUAAUUUUAGCAUUUAGCUGCUAAAGUGACCAAUAUUUUAUUAAGGAGGUGGUGGAGACCAAAAACGGAGCUAAAAGAGAACAAAUAAUGGAUUUACUCCUGAAGUUCAACACUUGGAUUCAAACCAAACAAGACAUUCAGACACAUUACUGUGUGAAAAAGGUUCCAGAAAGUUGGUAGAAAGUAGAGAAAGUAAAAAUAAAAACGUCCUAAUUUUGCAAAAACACUGUUUUCACACUCGAAGUGGUUUUUGAAUUCUCUUAUAAAGAGGUAAUGCGCUUCAAGGGAGAGAGAAAGUUUUUCUUUGAAUAUAGUGUUUUAUUGCUGGUGAUAGAUGAUCAGUUGGUUCUACAGCAUCAAUAAAGUGGUACGUUUACUAAUAUUACUUAAUAAGAAUUGGUGAUUUUCAAGUUUUAUGUGGAUAUAUCUAACCCAAAACAAAAAAACCCUGUUUUCUGCUGCAAAAAUUUGAUUGUUUCUUAAAGUUGCAAAGAAAUGCACGCUUUUAUGCUUGUUUUGUUUGACACAAAUUGAAACAGUGCAACUAGAAAAACAAGAAUGGAUGGUUAAGAGUCAUUUUUGAAAAGCAGAUACCAAAGAGGAACAAACUGGAGGAAAACGCAACCGAAUGGACCUUUUUAGUCGACAUUUUUCGCUGCUUCACUGUACAAGUUUUUCCGUAAGUCCCGACACCCGAGAUGUUUAACCUUUAAUUUCACGACGUCUUUAAUGUGUUUGUAGUCUUGAGAAAACACAUUAUCUGAAGUGUAAAUGUACGUGUUGUUCACUGAGCUGUUGGGAUGCAAAAAAAAGUCCACUUACAGGCUUUUCUAUUUUAAAUCCUGAGCUUUCAGCGUAGCGUCAUGGUCUUCGUGGACAGCAAAAACCUCUGAGUGGAUGUUAAGUUGCAGUUAUUAUUAUUUUUAAUCCAACUUCUUCACUCGCUUCACUUUCCAACUGAGUAGACAUUAGAAAUGCACAGUCGCUAACACUUAAUGCUAUGUUCAGCUCGGAUUAUCGUCGACUUCCCAGUGAUUUGCAGGCAUCUUUAAGUCUUCCCCUUUUUUCUAAGCUCGGACAAAAAGACCUCCAGGUGGUUCAGAUUCUUUAAAAUGUGAUGUUUUGGGGGGUUUUUUUUCCCUCUUUCGUCCACCACCUCGCCUCCACUCUGAAGUGACAUAAAGUUUAUUUUUAUACGCUGCUCACCUAAGAACUGAAAUCACUCAUUGUCAUUUGGUUUGAUGCUUUCAGAACAGAGACAAAGGAGAUGAAGGUGUUUUGGUGAAAUAAUCCAGUUAAGGUCUGACGUUAAGUGAUGCGAGGGGCUGCACAGGUGUCAAAAAUGAGGAAAAAAAUGACUUUUUAUGAUUGAUUGAGCAGUUAUAUCGAGAUGUACUACAAAAACAAACAAACAAACAAAAUAUUAGUAUGUUGUUUUAAUUUCCAAACUUCUAAAUGCGUGCUAAAUCCUCCUGUUGUCUUCAUUUACAGGAACCAAAACUAUUGAUCCCUUGUCUGAAAAAAAUCCCAAAAUUCAGCAAAAAAAUUCUUCAAAUUUCAGGAAAUUUGCAAAACAUUCAGGAAGAAAAUUCCAAUAAUUCAAUAAAAGGUUCCCUUAAAAGUUUUAUUUAAAAAAAUGUAAAAAAAACAAAACAAAAAAAAACAAAAAACCCAAAUUUGGCAAGAAAAUCCUUGUAAAUAUUUUGUUAAAAAAAAUAGUAAAAAUCUUGCAAAAAAUCCUAAAAAUGUCUAAAGUGAUUCCAUAUAUAUCAGUAAAACUUCUAAAAUUUUCUUUAAGAACAUUCAGAAAAAAAUCUACAAAAAUUCAGCAAAUAUCACUGGAUUUUAGUUGAUUUUUUUCUGAAUGUUCUUAAAGAAACUUUUUUUUUUAACAUUGCUGUUUUUUUCACCAAAAAAAAUUGGAAAAAUUUUCCCAAAAGUUGAAAACAUGGAAAUAUACAUUUUUUCCACAUUUUCAAACUUUAAAACUGGUCAAUUUGACCCAUAGGACAACACGAGGGUUAAACAUGGGACUUUUUAUGAUGGCUUCUUUUUUCUUUUAUAUAUUUCAAUUCACCAAUAAUCAGAGACAAUUUGAUCUAUUUGUCUAAUACUUCAGAUUCCCAAUCGGUGACAUGAUGAGAAAAAACUGAAAAUUUCAGGUUUUUAUCUUUAAUAGUUCCUCAGAUAUUGUUGUUCAAACAGGCUCAAAUUUAAAUGCUUGAAUGGGAGUUUUUUAAAAUUAUUUUUAAAUUUCUGUUGGAAAGUAUUCAAUAUUUCAAUCUGAAAAAUUCACAAGUAUCUGUAUAAAUAUGCAGAAAUAGUUUUAAAAAUGGAAUGACCCUGCCGUUUAUUUUGAUUUUUGGUAUAUUUAAUAAAGUCAUGCAGAGUUUUACCUGAUAUAAAAGUGUACAUUUGACCAAUUGGGCUCAUACUGCAUCUGUGUUCACUUUGGGGUUUGUUUUUCACCAUAACAACCCAAAAAAAGAGAACAAUUUCUCAUCAAAAUCUAUUGACUAUACUAAAACUGUGCAGCCCCUUCUUUUAAGUUCAUAUUGUAAGUUUGCACUAUGUGUAGAAUCACCAAGUCGUCACUCAGCCAGUGUUUAUUCCUGCACUUUAUACCCACCCCGACUACACUUCUUGUUCCCACACCGCUUCAUUUGUUUUCGCUGAAAAUGCUUCACUGCUCCCUCUGUUGGAUCAUUCUGUUGAGAAUAAAUCAAGUGUUUCUAUA